AUGGCCGCCUCAACUCGCGCCAUCACCCCCACACAUACAGGUCACUUUGCUGCCGCAAACGCCCCGUCUACGCCUACUUCUAUAUCCUCUGUCGCGCAACCAAUUGCGACCUCCCAAAAUCUAGCCACGCGUCUCACCAAAUCCCCCCUGCCGGGACUGUCGCCGCGACUGUCUCCUCAGCCUCUGACUGGGGCUGCUGCCAUGGCAGACGAGCGUCGCCACCGGGAACAACAGGCACGAGAACUGUCUCGACAGACGAGUCCGAAUCCCGCAAUGACCGCACUCAAGACUCUGGUCGGCGCCGAUCUGUCGCCCGUGAGCCGACCAAAGGACGCGCCGCCUGCGCCAACACAGAUCAGCGAGCCUUUGGCCAAGGCGAUGAAGAGCAUCGUCAUACCAGAACAGGUGACGCAUGACAACAUGCAAACAAGUCCGGUAAGCUUGUCAAGCUUUGGCUCUGCAGACAGCACCACUGCCCCAACUGCGACCGCGACGGAGGCAACUUCGGGGCCAUUAUUGUUGGGGAGCAUACCCGUGGAUGGUGCGAUGAAUUCGACUUCGUCGAACACGCCUUACAAGGGACCGGGCGACACUCCCACGGGAAGUCGGGCGUUCACGUACCCUGGCCCUCCCCCAGCAGAACAUGAUCCGCGCGCGCCACAGCGAGGCAUGAGUCUUCCUGGCUAUCCCCAAAACAGUCCAAAAUCGCCAUCCUCCACGAAGCGCCAUAAAUGUCCUUAUUGCGCGACUGACUUUACGCGACAUCACAACCUCAAAAGCCACUUGCUCACGCACAGCCAGGAGAAGCCAUACGAAUGCCCCACAUGCCAAGCCAGGUUCCGUCGGUUACAUGAUCUGAAACGCCACACUAAGCUCCAUACCGGCGAACGACCGCACACCUGCCCGAAAUGCGGACGCCGGUUCGCGCGCGGAGAUGCCUUAGCGAGGCACAACAAAGGCCAAGGUGGAUGUGCGGGGCGAAGAUCCAGCUUUGGAAUGGACGACGAUAUGGACGGGAAGGGUGAGGAGAGUAUGGACGGCAUCUUGUAUCCCGGAGACCACGGAGAUGAGGAAAAUAUGGACGAGGACGACGAUGCAGGAAGGCGGAGGGUCAGUGAGCCAGCGCGCAAGAGGCAGAAUACCGGAAACUCGAUGCAGGGACGGUAUCACCAGCACCCAAGCACCUAUCCGCCUGUCCCGAAUCGAGUACCAAACAUGGGCAACAACAAUGCCAGGCCGAUAUAUGCAAACCCGGGCGUGUCCGGCUCGUCGCGAGACCAGUCGACGAAUCUUAGUCCCAAAAAUGCACCCUCUAGUAUCUCGUCGUUACAUGCGUACACCAACCAAUCCGGGACGUUUGCAGGGAUGACGGAAAGCCCCAAGCCCAUCUCGCCUGGCCAGACAGAUAGCCAUCACCGCUUGGGCAUAUCUGAAGCUGGUUCUCACCCCGGCGCCCGCUCUCCGAGCAUGUCCCAGCAGAUUCAUCAACAGAACUUCUCCCGCGGCGCUGGACGAGGCUCUUCGCCUAUGGGUCUCCCACCACCACCCCACGGCAACUCUAAUGCACCCCAACUUCCCUCUCUUCCCGGUCUCUCCUCGGACAUGCGGAUGAAUUUGCCCAACAAAGGCCCACAAGCGGCCGGCAAGGCGGGCCCCAGUUUGCUUCAACACCAGCAAGUCCCCGGUCCUGGAGCUCAACCCCCGUCAAAUCCAGGCAGCAUGUCCAGCCACACCACCAACAGCGGUAACAGCAUGCGCGACCAUAUGGGAGGUGGGGACAUAUGGACGCACAUCCGCGCGAUCGAGAGACGUUUCGAAAGCCAAUCAGAGGAGCAGCAGGCGCAGAUUGCACGGCUAGAGAACGAAGUUACAACCUUACGCGCACAGCUUGCGCAAGCGGGUGCGCAGGCUCAAAGCCAGACGCAACCGACGGGAGCUCAUUAA